AUGGCAACAGAUGUGGUAUUCGACACCUCAAUGGGCUCAUUCACCGUUGAGCUUUACAACAGCCAUGCGCCCAAGACUUGCAAAAACUUCGCGACCCUUGCGCAACGCGGUUACUACAACGACGUGAUUUUCCAUCGAAUUAUCCCCAACUUUAUGGUCCAAACUGGUGAUCCCACAGGCACCGGACGCGGUGGCAGCUCUAUCUACGGCGAAAAGUUCGAAGACGAGAUUCGCAGCGACCUAAAACACACCGGCGCAGGAGUCUUGAGCAUGGCGAACAGCGGACCUAACACAAACGGUAGUCAAUUCUUCAUCACGCUUGCGCCAACACCGUGGCUAGAUGGCAAACACACCAUCUUUGGGCGUGUCAAGAGUGGGAUGCGAGUCAUUCAGCGCAUGGGCCUGGUCAAGACGAAAGGCGAAGACCGGCCGGUAGACGAUGUCAAAAUUAUUCGGGCUCGUGUGGUAGAGGAAGGGUCAGAGCCUUGA